AUGGCCGACGCCGAGCGCGCCCCGGAGGCGGCGCCCGCGGACCCCGAACGGGGCGAAGCGCAGACCGACGGGGAGAGCGGGCGGCUGCCGCCCCCCGAGGAGGCGGCGGCGGCGGCGGCGGCGGAGGGCGCGGGGGACCACGAGGCGCGGCCGUCGGAGGGCGGCGCGGCGCAGCCCGGGCUGAGGCCGCGGUACCGCGCGGCCGUGGGGCGCGCCCAGGAGUGGCCCGCGAAGAAGAAGCACCGCCGUCGGCCGUCGAAGAACAAACGGCGCUGGAAGCCCUACUCGAAGCUGAGCUGGGAGGAGAAGCAGCAGUUCGACGAGCGGCAGAGUCUUCGCGCCUCGCGGCUCCGCGCGGAGAUGUUCGCCAAGGGGCAGCCCGUGGCCCCCUACAACACCACGCAGUUCCUGAUGGAGGACCACGACCAGGAGGAGCCCGACCUGAAAACCGGGUUGUACCCGCGGCGCUCCGCCGCCAAAUCGGACGAUACGAGCGAGGAGGACUUCCUGGAGGAGGCGGCCGAGGAGGACGGCGGCAGCGAUGGGAUGGGGGGGGACGGCAGCGAGUUCCUGCAGAGGGACUUCUCGGAGACGUACGAGCGGUACCACGUGGAGAGCCUGCAGAACAUGAGCAAGCAGGAGCUGGUGAAGGAGUACCUGGAGCUGGAGAAGUGCCUCUCCCGCAUGGAGGACGAGAACAACCGCCUGAGGAUGGAGAGCAAGAAGCACGGCGAGGCGGUGGAGGCGGCGCGGCUGCUGGAGCUGGAGGUGGACCGACUGCGGGCGGAGAACCUGCAGCUGCUGCGGGAGAGGGACGUGAGAGCGGCGGAGGCGGCUCCGGAGUGAGCGACCCUCGGAGCGGAGCUGCGGGACGCGGCGCUCAGCCCUCCCCCUUUGGGGGCGGGUGGGGAGGGGUCGCUGUCAAAGUGAACUCAUGAUGAUGCUCUUUUUUUUCCCUCCUCCUCCUCGUGUGUGUGUGUGUGUUUAAACCAAAAAGGAAAAAAAAAAAAAAAGAA